CCUUUUCUUCCUCUGACUUCUCUGUUCCCUAACUCUCCACUUCUUUCUUACCUGUUCUUUCCUAUAAUUAAACAUCAAUACCCACCAUCUCUAUGUCUCUCUCUCCCCAUUUACUCCUUCUUAGCUUUUUAUUCCUUUUCAGUUAAACUUCUUAAAUAAAAGAGAAAAAAAUAUCUAAGGCCACACCUUACCCUCUAUCAGUGUUUCAGAAACAUAGAAAACUCAAUGACCAGUUUUGUCUUCUCAUAAACAGUCAUAGCUGGGAAAGCUACACUGGAAACAGAUGUCUCCGAUUUCAAAGCAGUUUUUAGGUGAUUUCAGAAGCAGGCCACUUUCACUUGAUCUUGAAAUUUGAGAGGCUAUGCAACCUUCUUGCACUGUCAUCUAUGUACUUAAGAAAUGGUGUGUGGAUUUUACCUUCAAACCUCAUGUCAUCGCAUCAGUGCCCCGUUUUGCCUCCACCAAAAUCUGCCUCUCUAGCCAAGGCUCCACAGAUAAAGUAAACAUCCCAGUGCAAGCUCAGAAAUAGAUUUUCUUCUGGAUAAUCUGGUGGUUAACUCCCACUCCUAUUUGUUAAAUUAGCUUCUGACUUGGGCACAGCUACAUCAUGAAACCAAACUUUGAUCUUGAAGUUGAGGCAUAUGCAGAAUAUGAAUCUGAAGUUAGCAGCCAGGUUGCUUCCAAUGUUUCCAUUCAAGAAACCUCUAUAGGUCCUUGCAGUGACCGCCUCACUAACAUUUCCCACACCACAAAUCUAACUGGGAGCCAUCCUAAUUCAGAUUCUGUUUCACUUGACUUAACUCUCAACUUCAAGAACAGUGAGCCAGGGGGAAGAGACUCAAUAGGAUUCUCAUUCUCAAGCACUAGCGAGAGCAGCAAUGAACCUGCUUCUCAAACCACAGCAGCGACCAUACCACGAGUCUUCUCUUGCAAUUACUGUAAGCGCAAGUUUUUCAGCUCUCAGGCUCUUGGUGGACACCAGAAUGCCCACAAGAGAGAAAGAACAUUAGCAAAAAGGGCUUUGAGAAUGGGAUUUUUCUCUGAAAGGUAUGCCAAUCUAGCAUCUCUCCCUCUGCAUGGUUCCUUUAGGUCUUUAGGAAUAAAGGCACACUCUUCACUGCACCAUGGUUUCUCACCAACAAUGAGGCCUCCUGAGAUAAAAAGCAACGCAAAAUUUGAUCAAGGGUAUGUUGGCAUCCCAAUAUUCUUGGAGGAUGAUGAGUCAGAUUUGUUGUGGCCAGGUAGUUUUCGUCAGGUUGUCGAGGCAGGUGAUAGUCAUCAGAAUUUCAUACUUACUGGAAGUUCAGAUUUGAGUUUCACUGGGGUUAAUCCACCUGUAGACAUAGAAAACUCAACACCAGAUUUGACUUUGAAACUUUGAAGGACGUUAUUUGGUACAGUUCUGGCCUUGAGUUGUCUGCUUUAUUGUUAUAUUGUUGUACAGUAAGACAUGCAUGCAAGGGGCCAAGAUUGCCAGAUUGAUUACUAGACUUGUUGGGUUUCCUUUUAGUUUCAUUUUCAGUUUUCUCUUAGGAAUCUUGCUUUGGUAUUUUGCUUUGUAUGUUUCUAAUUGUAUAAGGGCUCCGGGAGGACAAUUUUGGAGCUUCUGUGCUUGUUAUAUAAAUCAUGUCUUUCCUUCACUGUAAUUAUUCAGCUUCUA